AAUUUUUGAGUUGUCAUUCCGGUUCGAAGCAAAGUUGAAAGUCAUAUUCUUCAAUUUUGCAUUGUUGCAUCCCAAGUUUCUCGAAAUAAAGUAAAUUAUUUUAAAAAAAUGGAGUGCCUUCUCGGAAUCCGGUUCAAUGAUUAUGUCCUUGUCGCGGCAGACGCAAUCGACGCACGGUCAAUCGUGGUCAACAGCCACAACGAGGAAAAAUUCUGUAUCUUGUCCGAUAAGCUGUUGAUAGCAGUGAGUGGAGAAUCUGGGGAUACGACUCAAUUUUCGGAAUAUAUUCAAAAGAAUAUUCAGCUCUACAAGAUGCGGAACGAAUAUGAAUUGUCACCAAAGGCUGCGGCCCAUUUCACCCGAAGGAAUUUGGCAGAGUACUUGAGAAGUCGGACGCCAUACAACUGCAACCUACUAAUGGCAGGAUAUGACGACGUGGAAAAGAAGGCGGAUUUAUUCUUUAUGGAUUAUCUCGCAACUUGCGUUGAACUUCCGUAUUGUGCUCACGGUUAUGGUGGUUAUUUCACGUUAUCAACAAUGGAUGCUUACUACAAGCCAGAUCUUUCUCAAGCCGAAGGAAUGGAACUGAUGAAGAAAUGUGUCGGAGAAAUUGGAAAGCGACUUGUUAUAAAUCUGCCAAGAUUCAAGGUUCGCAUCGUCGAUAAGGAUGGGAUUCGAUCCAUGGGAGAAAUCAAUACCAAGGAUCUUAAGAUUUUUGAUUAAGUAUGCAUUCUACUAAUUUUAGUGUAGGUCCAAAUUUUUCAAUCUUUAAAUUGUACACCAAUUUCGUCAUCACUGUUCAUCCCUCGUUUUGAUUAUGUAUGUAAUACAAUGAAACUUUUUUAUGGCAGAAUAAAACACAAGCCAGGGAUUUAUUUAAUGCA